AUGAUGAUGGAGAGGCUCGAGGAGGCGGUGGUUGAGGACAUGGAUCGAGAGCGGAGGGGAGGGAGCUUAGUGACCAGGGAUAAUUUAUUCACCAACAAUAAUCUUCCAUCCAAUAAUCUUCCGUCGUGCUCUUAUAAUGAUACUGUUCAAGCCCAAAAUUCAUUGAACCUAAAAGUUGACAACUCAGAGGACACGUUGAUGUACGACGCUUUGAGCGACGCGCUCAAUUCCGGGUGGAUGAUACCUUCGGCUUCGAAUCAAGAACUUGAUUUUGAAGUGACGACCACUGAUUACAACAGCAUUGGUUGGGGGACGGCAGAGAAACUGGAGACGUUGGAGCCUGAGGUACAAGUGCUGGUUGAGAAGACGCAAUAUAGAGGGGUGAGGAGGCGACCGCGGGGAAAAUACUCAGCGGUAACAAGGGACCCCAAGAAGAGCGGGCAAAGGAUUCGGCUCGGGACAUACGAGACGCCCAAGGACGCGGCAUUGGCCUACGACCAGGCUGCUUUUAAGAUUAGGGGGUCCAAGGCCAAGCUCAACUUCCCUCACCUCCUCGGCUCGGCUGAGCACGAUCCUGUCCGGGUCAGACCCAAGCGUCGGUCCGCCAAGUCUAGCUCACCGUCCACCUCCAACGAUGAUGACUUGAUGACGGGAAUGAAGAGGAGAAAGAGAGAGGUCAACAUGGAUGCUGAGGUGGAUUUUGGAAGUCCAAUACCCUUUCCCAUAUUGGAUGUCGGUUUGUCGAGUGGGGAUGAACAGUUUUUAUUUUGAUUGUGCAAACUGCAAAGACAUUGUCUUGAUCAAUGAAAAGUCAA